UCACUGAUAAACAGCCAAUAUAUUGAGUAUAUAUAAGUGCAGAUAAUUGUACAUUUGGAGCAAACGAACUUUUCUCAUAUCAUACUAGUAAUCCUCAGGCCUUAUCCCAUACUCAACAGUUCACAGACUAGGAUUGAUACAAUCUCCAAUUCUUAAAAGUACUAAGAUCGCAAUGGCAUCCGCGGACGUUCAAGCACCAACAGGCAGUCUCCCGGCUUACUUCGUCGAGGGUUUACACGCCGCAUCGGGGUCUGCAUCCCCGAGUGAGGUGGAAACCGUAUUGAACUUCUUCAAGGACAACGAGGACGGUUCACCCCCGGAACCUACCUACGUAGACAAGCCCCAGACAUAUCAGAGGCCCGCUGCACCUCACACCGUCAAGAUCACUAACAUAGCCGGGCGAGAGGCGGAGUUUACGCUUGACAAGCAGGGCUUCCAGAUCCAUCGUCAUGUUGCACAAGAGAAGGACUUCGCAGACGACGAGCAUAUCAAGGCCGUGUACUAUCCGGAGACGGAACAGUUGCUCAAGGACGUCACGGGGGCCUCCAAGAUCUUCAUCUUCGAUCACACAAUCCGUCGCCAGUCGACAGAUAGCCGGGAGAAAAAGGAUAACAACAUUAAUCUGCGCGGACCAGUGAACCGUGUACAUAUCGACCAGUCGUACGAGGCCUCGUUAUCCCGCGUGCCGCACCACCUCCCCGCCGAGGAGGCAGUGGAGCUUCUGAAGGGCCGCGUCCAGAUCAUCAAUGUAUGGCGACCUAUCAAAACGGUAGAGCGGGACCCCCUAGCUGUGGCCGACGCGCACAGCGUGAGCGAGGAGGAGCUUGUACCUAUCGGUUUGAUCUACCCUAACCGCAAGGGCGAGACACUUGGGGUACGAUAUGCGCCUACACAACGCUGGUUUUAUAAGAAGGGAUUAACUCCCCAGGAGGUGCUCCUGAUCAAAUGCUUCGACAGCAAGACGGACGGCCGCGCCCGGCGCAUUCCUCACACAGCAUUCUCUGACCCGAGUUCUAAGCCUGACGCCCCCUCUCGUGAGAGUAUUGAGGUUCGCUGCCUGGUCUUCCACCCGGAGGACCGGGAUUAGAUAAACUAGGUUAAUCAUCAUUCCUGGAAGUUUAUUAGGGAAAGCGGAGCGACGUGAAGGCCGGACGAGUAGAAUGAGCGUUGAAGGGAAUAGCUGUAAGGUAGAUUG